AAGGAACUGAUGAAAAACUACCAGCGGGGGAUCCGGCCUGUCGCCAACUACUCCCAGCCAACACCUCUAAAACUGGGAGUGGACUUCCGCCAGAUCAUAGACCUGGAUGAGAAGAACCAGAUUCUCACUAGUGACAUCUGGCAGAGACAGUACUGGAAGGAUGACGACCUGAAAUGGAACCCUGACGAUUAUGACGGGAUGACCUUCAUUAACAUCCCGUCUUCGGCAGUCUGGGUACCGGACAUCGUCCUCACUAACAGUGCUGGCAAGAAUCAUGACCAACCGGAAACAAACGUCAUCGUCAGCCAUGACGGGCAGGUCACGUGGCUGGUGACCCGGAUGUACAAGAGUUCGUGUCACAUCAACACGUACUACUUCCCGUUCGAUGAGCAGAACUGCACUUUGACCUUUGCGUCAUGGACGUACAGUGGGAACGAGAUCAACCUGACUCAUGAAGAGGUUCCGCCGAGCAAGUCCUACUAUGUGGACAACGAUGAGUGGAAACUGGUGGAGAUUCACGUAGAGAGACACGUACAAGUGUACGAGUGCUGCCCGGAGCACUACCCGGAAGUGACGUAUGUGAUCCAGAUCCAGAGAAGAUCCCUGUUCUACGUCACCAACCUGCUGGCCCCCUGCGCCCUGCUUUCCGUCCUGGCCAUCUUCGGGUUCUACCUGCCGUCCGAUUCCGGGGAACGAGUGGGGCUGGGGAUCACCAUCCUGCUCUCGUACUCAGUGUUCCUGCUGAUGGUGUCGGAGUGGAUGCCGCCCACGUCACGGACUGUGCCACUCAUCGUGGUGUACUACACCGUGACGAUGUUGCUUGUCGGCCUGUCGACCAUCAUGACCAUCGCUGUUCUCAACAUCCACCACUGCGCAGCCGACACCACAGAGGUACCCGGCUGGAUCCGAAAUCUCGUGCUGUCCUAUCUCGCGAGACUUUGCCGCAUGGAGGUGCCCAAGUCGAAGAACACGCGAACGAACCCUGGCCACCACCAGGUGGAGAACCCGGUCGCCAUUUUGAAACUCGAUACCCACCACCACAGACGUAGCGAUAUCGAUACUGUUGAGACUGCAAAAGAAACCCCAAAACUCACUCCAAAAGUUGGAGAUUGCCGAAAAGAAUCGAAGCACGAAACGCCCGUAAGUAGUAUCAACGGGCAGCAAAUCCACCUUAUGGAUGCUUUGCAGUCCAUUCGUAAGGAAAUUUGCAUAAUAAACGAGAGAUUCCAUCGCGCGGAUUCGGAAAGAGCUUUGGCGAAUGAGUGGAAACUUGUUGCUAAGGUGAUGGACCGAGUUUUGAUGAUACAGUUCACGGUGGCUACGGUUCUGACGUGUGUUUGUCUGUUUGCACAGGUUCCAAAUAUUAACUGGUGAAAAGUCAGGCUGGAUUCGUGGGAAAAAAAUUAAUAAAGACCCAUUUGGUUUGUUCAAUCCAACAUAACAGUUGCUAAAAAAUUACUGCAUUACGGCCUAUCUCUUGCUCAAUAUGUAAAACCCCUAGGCUAGCUAUAUUUCUACAUGUAUAUACAAGGUAUGACACAGAGAAUAGCAGCUGCAUUCAAUC